AUGGUGUUGAAGUACGGCUUGGUUUGCAUGGCUCUGGUGGUUGCUGCUUACGCAGCACCUCAGGCUCAGCAGCAGCAACAGCGGAAUCAGUUUGAGGAUCCGAACGGAAUCACUCUUGUGCGGUACGAUUCGAAUAACGAUAACGAGGCAGGAUACAAGUUUACAUAUGAACAGAGCAACAAGCAGAUUUUCUCCGAAGUGGGUACUCCGAAGGACACCAGCGGUGGAGCUCGGAUCCUGGCGGUAGAGGGAGCGUACACGUUCGUCGGACCGGACGGACAAACGCACUGGGUCACCUAUCGGGCGGACGAGAACGGAUUUUUGCCCAAAACCGGAACGGGAAAUGUGGGAGGAAUCCAGCCCGGACAGGAUGCUCCUGUGCACAAUUGA